ACGGUUAUUUAAAUAUCAACGACGUCAUUCCUCAGUUCGAAAAAAACUAUUUUUUGAUAUGGGCUGAAACUAAUAUCCCCAACAACGAUGUUGGAAACAAACAAUUUAACACGUUUUUGAAUGGAAAUUGUAUGGACGCUAUGGACUACAUAAGUACUUUUUUGUCGAUCGUUCAAAAAUCUAUGGACAUUAAUUUCGAAUUCCAGUCUGCUACUAAUAUGUACUCACAGUACUGUCCGGAAAAUAUAUUUGAUGUUGAAUCCGCCAAAAAGCCAAUGAGCGUUGUUAAAGACGAGCAAAAAAAAACAGAGGCUGGUUCUAAAAGUGUAGUCAUUGGUUCGAGAACCAGCCGUUCUAGACGCCGAGUCAGGAGUUCAAGUUUACGAAGAAAGGAAUGAAAUGUUAAGACUAUUUUGAUGGGUUUACCUAAACUUCAAUAGAAAAUCUUGUGUAACCUAGUGUUAAAUUUUUUUUAUGACUUUAACAAAUUUAUAUUUAUUAUG